CAGAUGUCCAGAUUACAUAGGGCGUCGGUCCAAGUGCCUAACUAAUCUCUCCAGUCUCCACUACUAAAGCAAACAAACAAAUUUUUGAUAAUCUCAUAAAAAUGGAGGCGGCAGCAGCAGCAGUGAAACCAGUAAUCAAUGUCGCCGCCAUUUGCGGGUCCCUUCGUAAAGCUUCCUACAACAGAGGCCUCCUCCGAGCAGCAAUGAAGAUAAGUUCAGAAUCAAUACAAACAAUGAAAAUCAAUCACAUCGAUAUUUCGCCAUUGCCGAUGAUUAACACUGAUCUCGAGGUCGACGGUACUUAUCCUCCCGUCGUUGAUGCAUUUCGCCAGAAAAUUCUCGAAGCUGAUUGUGUUCUCUUCGCUUCUCCUGAGUAUAAUUACUCUGUCUCUCCUCCUUUGAAGAAUGCAAUAGAUUGGGCAUCUAGGCCACCAAAUGUUUGGGCGGAUAAGGCUGCUGCAAUCAUAAGUACCGGAGGAGGCUUUGGUGGGGGCCGAGCCCAGUAUCAUCUACGGCAAAUUGGAGUUUAUCUUGAUCUUCAUUUCAUCAACAAGCCAGAAUUUUUCUUGAAUGCAUUCCAAUCUCCUGCCAAGUUUGACAGUGAGGGUAACUUAAUUGAUGCAGAUGCUGAAAAAAGGAUAAAGGAAGUUCUUUUAGCACUGCAAGCAUUCACAUUACGGUUCAAAGGCAAAUGCUGAACAUCAAUUGCAAUAUAUCUAUUCAUAUAAAGUACUUGUAUAUGACUGAAUUCAUUUGAAAGGUAUUGUGAUGAACUGAUGAUAUGUUUUAAUAUGAGAAUGAAACUAAUUAUUUGAUGCACUUAUGAGUGCCUACGCCUAUCUAGUUUUUCCUUUUAGUAGUUCUAGAUUAGAUAAUACUCAUAAUACUUUGUAUUAAUAAUUGUUUUCUACUCCCAGAAGCAUAAUUAUGCUUGUGUAUA